UGGUGACUGCAGAAACGACAAGCAUUCAAAUAGAAGCUCUGUCGGAUGACGAAAAAUGGCCGACACGUCCGUUGGAAGCCGGUGUCAUCAUUUCUGCACCAGCUUUAGCAGCGUCGUCGUUGGCAACUAUGCCAACGUCACCACCGGGUGUCGGGACACCGAUCGCAUUCCUGGCCGACGAUGAUGAUCGAGGUUUGAAAAAAGUUACAAAGAAGUCGAAGCUGAGACACAAAACAAAAAGCAAUGCGACGAAUUCUGAAAAUCAUCGAAAGAAAUUGAAAGCACCUGUGCGGAAGACAAAGUCCAUGGAUGCCGUGAAUUCAAAACGCGCUGAUCGCAAAGCACUGGCAAAGGCGCGAGAAGCUCUGGCGAAACGCCUGCGCCAAGAGCUGGAAGCCGAAAAGGUCCCCGCCAAAAAGGAAGCCAUG